AGAAACUCUAAUCCAUCCCAGCGAGCAGACGAACAGAAAAUGUGCCGUCAUAACUGACUCUGUGGCGUUGGAUAAAAGCCGUCGGAUAUUGUCAAGCGUUUCUUCUGCAAAAGGGAAUAAAACUAUCCACGCAGGAAUAUUUUCACGCAAGACCUCAUGGACUAAAACACACAGCAAAUUAAGUGAGAGUGGAUACUUGGACAUAUAACCAGGACAUCAAGAGACCAAGACUUCUCUGAGAAAUGUCCAACACAACUGGGCGAGGUCAUGGGGGUCUUAAUCAACUAGGCGGCAUGUUUGUGAACGGACGCCCGCUCCCAGAGGUCAUCCGACAGAGGAUUGUGGACAUGGCACACCAGGGAGUGAGACCCUGCGACAUCUCUCGCCAGCUGAGGGUCAGCCACGGCUGUGUCAGCAAGAUCCUGGGCAGGUACUAUGAGACGGGAAGCAUUAAACCAGGAGUCAUCGGGGGCUCCAAGCCGAAAGUGGCGACUCCUAAAGUGGUGGAUAAGAUAGCGGAGUACAAGCGGCAGAACCCCACCAUGUUUGCGUGGGAGAUCCGAGACCGGCUGCUGGCCGAGGGCGUUUGUGAUGGCGAAACCGUGCCCAGUGUCAGCUCCAUCAACAGGAUUAUUCGCACAAAAGUUCAACAGCCAUUCAACCUUCCUCUGGACAGCAAAGGCCUCAGUCCUGGACACACACUUAUUCCCAGUUCAACCGUGACUCCUCCAGAAUCUCCUCAGUCGGACUCUCUGGGCUCCACCUACUCCAUCAGCGGCCUGCUGGGAAUCCCACAGACCAGCGCCGAGGGCAAGAGGAGCCUCGAUGACAGCGAUCAGGAGAGCUGUCGGCACAGCCUGGACUCUCAGGGCAGCGGUGGCAGGCCGCAGAAACAGCUGAGGACCGAACACAUUGCAACCCAGCGCCUGGACUGUGGCUUUGAGCAGCACCACUACAGCUCUGAAACAUUCAGCCGGACCACGACCGGGAAAACAGAGCAGGCGCUCUAUCCUCUCUCACUCAUCAAUGGCAGUCUGGACGAGGGUAAAGGUGCUUCAGCUCUCAGUCGAAACCUGGCGGCCCAUCAGGGAUACACAGUGGUUGCAGAAGCUCUACAGCCCCUCCCACUCUGUCUGAAACAGGAAAUGUCACCCGAGGUGAACUGCUCAAGCCCCUCCCCCAACAUCAUCUCUAAUGCGGCUUUCCUGGAGCUCACCUCAUCAUCAGCACCCAUCUCUAACAGCUGCAGCAAUGCCACUCAUUUAUCUCAUGGCUUCAACUCAUUUUCCCAUCAUGCCCCAGUGCACGGGCAGUUCGGCAGCCCGCCGCUCAUCGCAGGCAGAGAUGUGGCAAGCUCAAUGCUGCCCGGUUAUCCUCCACACAUUCCCUCGGCCGCACAGACUGGCUUCUCCUCGUCCACCAUCACUGGGAUGGUAGCAGGUCCAGAAUACACGGGCCAGUCCUACAGCCACGCGCCCUACACGUCUUACAGCGACGCCUGGAGAUUCACCAACUCCAGCAUAUUAGGUUCUCCGUAUUACUACAGUUCCUCCCGCGCGCCGCCGCCCUCCGCCGCCGCUUACGAUCAUCUCUAGCGCCGGAGAACCGGAGAACUUUCUCUUUCUACUGUGGAGCGUCCAGUGAAAGACACGAGGAGUAAAGAAAAACGAAAACAUAUUGACGGACGAUACCUUUUAUUGCCUGUAAAGCUAUUUAUGUCCUUUGUUCAAGGCCUUUUGCAGCCACACGUUUACAUCUUUAUAUUGUACAGAAACACUCGGACGUUGUUUUUAACAGCUGGAACUUCUGAACUGUAGCUACACGAUUUACAAAUACUACCAAACUGACAACUAUAUCCACAAAACUGAACAAAUAAACUAUAGAAAUCAAAAGGUUAUAAAGGAUUCUAUGAGAAACAUUGCUGUUCCAUUGAGAUGGUCAUUUUGUUGACGUGACAUUUAAUUGAGUUUGCAUUCGAUCUGAAUCAAAUAAUCUCUGAUGGGCGCUUCAUCUCUAUUCUUACAGCAGAUAUAAAUAAUGUUGUCUAUGACAAGCGGACUUUUCAUCUUCAUUGUGCCGCAUUUCACCAUCGUCUAACAAAUCAAAAACAUCAU